AUGAUAUCAUUAAAUAAUUCUUUUUUUAACAAAAGAGUUAUAGUUAAUUCAUUUAAUAAUUAUAAAAGAUCAUUUGGAACAAAAUCACAAAAUGAAGAAUCAGCAAUAGUAGAUUCAAAUCAUUCAUUUGCUCAUACAUUAAAUUUACCAAAAACUACAUUUUCAAUGAAAGCAAAUGCAGCAACAAGAGAACCAACAUUAUUAAAAGAUCCAUAUAAACUCUAUAAAUGGCAAUUAGAAAAUAAUAAAGGUGAAAAUUGGGUAUUUCAUGAUGGACCACCAUAUGCAAAUGGUGAUUUACAUAUGGGACAUGCAUUAAAUAAAAUUUUAAAAGAUAUUGUUAAUAGAUAUAAAGUUUUAAAAGGAUUUAAAGUUAAUUAUAUUCCAGGUUGGGAUUGUCAUGGUUUACCAAUUGAACAACAAGCUUUUAAGAAAUUAAAGAAAUCAUCUGAUAUGAAAGCCUCAGAUAUUAGAAAGAUAGCAGGUGAUUUUGCAAGAAAAGAGAUUGAAAAACAAUCAAAAGGUUUCCAAGAGAUGGGUAUUUUAGGUGAUUGGGAGAAUCCAUAUAAAACAUUGGACUAUGGUUAUGAAGUUGAACAAAUUCAAACCUUUUAUGAUAUGUUUAAUAAAGGUUAUAUCUAUAGAGGUGUUAAACCAGUACAUUGGUCACCAUCUUCAAGAACUGCAUUAGCUGAUGCAGAAUUGGAAUAUAAUAAUAAUCAUACAAGUAAAUCAAUAUUUGUUAAAUUUAAUGUUAAAUCGUUAUCAAAUCAUAUUUUAAACAAUUUACCAACGACAAGCGACAUUAAUAAAGCUGAAAUGGUGAUAUCAGCAAUAAUUUGGACAACUACACCAUGGACAAUUCCAGCAAAUCAAGCAAUUUGUGUCAAUAGUGAAAUGGAUUAUAUUUUAGUUAAACCAAUUGAAUCUGAACAAUAUAGAAAUGAAAUGUUUAUAAUUUCAAAAGAAAGAUUAGAAUCAUUGACAAAAUCAUUUAAUAUUGGAGAGUUAAAAGUGAUUUUAGAAUUUAAAGGUGAACAAUUAAAAGGUACAAUUACAAAACAUCCACAAUAUGAUAGAGAAUCACCAAUUAUAACUGGUGAUCAUGUUAUUGAAGGUUCAGGUACAGGUUUAGUUCAUACUGCACCAGGUCAUGGUGUUGAAGAUUUUCAAAUUUGUCAACAACAAUAUCCAGACCUUAAAGUUUUAUCACCAGUUAAUGAUUUAGGUUGUUUUACUGAUGAAGUUGGUGAAAAAUUUGUUGGACUUGAAGUAUUGGGUGAUGGUAAUGAAGCAGUAAUUAAUGAUCUUGAAACUAUUGGUUCACUACUUCAUAAAGAAGAUUAUAUUCAUAAAUAUCCAUAUGAUUGGAGAACAAAGAAACCAAUUAUAAUUCGUACAACACUUCAAUGGUUUGUUGGUUUAAAAAAUAUUCAAAAAACUGCAUUACAAUCUAUUGAAAGAGUUAAUAUGGUACCACCAUCUGGUAGUAAUAGAUUAUCAAGUAUGAUUGGUAAAAGAACUGAUUGGUGUAUCUCUAGACAACGUGUUUGGGGUUGUCCAAUUCCAGUGUUAUACAAUUGUAAAACCAAUGAACCAUUAAUUAACGAUGAGUCAAUUAAUCAUAUUAAAGAGUUAUUUGGUAAAUUUGGUUCAGAUUGUUGGUUUGAAAUGUCAACUCAACAAUUAUUACCACCAUCAUUAAAGGAUCAACAUGAAAACUUUGUAAAAGGUACCGAUACUAUGGAUGUUUGGUUUGAUAGUGGUACAUCUUGGAGAGGUGUAUUGGUUGAACGUGGUAUCAUCGAUAAAGAUACUGGUAGAGCCGAUAUCUAUUUAGAAGGUAGUGAUCAACAUCGUGGUUGGUUCCAAUCUUCACUAUUGACUAGUGUUUGUGUUAGAGACAUUGAACCAUAUAAAAAUGUUGUUACACAUGGUUUCCUUUUGGAUGAAAGUGGUAUUAAAAUGUCAAAAUCAAUUGGUAAUACCAUUGUACCAUCAACUGUUAUCAAAGGUGGUCCAAAUAAAGUUCAAAAUCCUCCAUAUGGUGUUGAUCUUUUAAGAACUUGGGUUGCAUCUUCUGACUAUUCCAAAGAUAUCUCUAUUGGUCCAAAUAUUUUAAUUAAAAUUUUAGAUGGUAUUAAAAAAAUUAGAAAUACUCUUAGAUUUAUGUUGGCUUCAAAUUUCGAUUUCGAUCCAACCAUUCAUGCGAUUCCAUAUGAAAAAUUAUCUUCAUUAGAUAAAUAUGCACUUCAUAGAGUUUUUAAACUUCAAGAAUCGGUAACUCGUCAUUAUGAUCAAUUCCAAUUCCAAAAAGUUCACACUGAAAUCAUUAAUUUCUCCAUUGAAAUCUCUUCAUUUUAUUUCGAUGUUAUCAAAAGACAUCUCUAUGCUGAAUCACCAAAUAGUCAUUCAAGAAGAAGUACUCAAACUGUACUUUUCAAAAUGUUGGAUGUUAUCAAUAUCGCUUUGGCUCCAAUUACAGUUCAUACUUCUGAAGAUGUUUUCCUUCAUCAAUAUCAAUUUAAAAACAAUGGUAAAGGUUUAGAUAAAAAUUUAAUUGAAAAUUCAGUAUUUGCUCACGGUUGGGAUCAAUUACCUUCUCAAUAUGAAAAUGAAUUGAUCUCUAAUCAAUUCACUAAUAUCAUUGCCAUUCGUGAUGUAGUAAAUAGAGUUUUACAAUCAAUGAGAUCUCAAGGUAUAAUUGGUAGAUCCGAUGAAACUAUUAUGGAAUUAACAGUUACAAAUGAAGAAUCUUCCCCAUUUUAUGAUAAUUUAUUUGCUAUUAAUUCUCAAUUGGAUGAUAUUUUCUGUGUUUCAAAUGUUUUAUUAAAAAAAUUUAAUACUUUUGAAAAAGAUGUUGAACAACAACAACAACAACAACAGCAACAACAACAACAACAACCACAACAAAUUGAACCAAAUUCAAAGGGUGAAUUUAUUUUCAAUACUAUAAUUUCAAAUAAUUCAAAACAAUUAGGUCGUAUUGAAGUAUUAUUAAAAAUUAGUGAUAAAUUUAAAUGUCCAAGAUGUUGGAGACAUACAAGUAUUGAAAAUGAUAAAGUUUGUAAACCAUGUGAUUCAGUUUUAAAUUCAUUAAAAUAA